AUGCGGAUACGAGGUACCGAUUACAUGGCAAACGGGGAGCCGGCGCUGUCAAACAACAAGGUGUUGGCGCAGAAGAGACUGACAAGCUUGCUCCGGCGUUUCGACGAAGAUGAAACAUUCGAAGCGGAUUAUCGAGUGGCAAUGGAAAAAUACUUCACCGAGGGUUACGCACGCGUCGUUGAAGAGGAGAGACAUGGACAACCGGAAUACUACCUGGCCCAUCACGGCGUACGGAAAAGGAAGAAGACCCGAGUUGUCUUCGAUGCAGCGGCAAAAUACCAGGGUAAGGCGUUGAACGACGCCAUUCUCAGCGGACCAGCGCUUCAAGCUCCACUUCCGGCGGUGUUUCUAAAACUCCGCGAAGGGGCGGUAGCAUGGGCCUCGGAUAUCGGGGCAAUGUUUAGCCGCAUACGAAUGAGACCGGAAGAUUGUCGUUAUUUUCGAUUCCUGUGGCAGCGGAAGGGCGAAACGAUACCUCAUGUCUGCGAGUUUACUCGCCUGCCGUUCGGAGCUACCUGCUCACCCUUUUUAGCCAUCAGCGUGACGCGACGGGCAGCGGCCGACUACAGUCAAGAUCCGGAGGUCCUCAUCGCCAUCAAAUCAAAAUUUUACGUGGAUGAUUAUCUCAGUUCGGCGGCUUCGGUCGAGCUAGGUGUAAAAGAAGCACGAGCAGUGAGCGACGCGCUCGCGAAGGCGGAUCUGCACCUGGAAGGAUGGGUCUCGAAUUCCCCCGAAUUCAGUCAGGAAAUGGCCGCGGACGGCGCAACAACGACCGAACUUUCUCUGAAUGGCGUAGAAGCAGAAAAGGUGCUUGGAGUUUGCUGGGAGGCCCAGUCGGACAUCCUCACCUUUAAGGUAAACCACAUUACCGAAGUCGUCUACACCCGGGUAGGCAUCGCCAGCAAGGUUGCGAGUCUUUUCGACCCGCAGGGCAUGGCCACCCAGAUGGUGGUGAAAGCCAAAAUCAAACUACGUGAGCUCGGCGUGCAGGGACUACAGUGGACGGACCCGGUAGUUGGUGAGAGCCGGAAGUGGUGGGAGAAGUGGUUCGACACGCUCAAACAGCUGAACGCCGUAAAAAUUCCCAGAUGCUUGUUUCCGCAGGAGUUGCUGAUUGAGGAGACGGAACUACACAUAUUCGGGGACACUUCCGAAGAGGCAUAUGCCGCCGUGGCUAAUGUUCGUCAAAUCUAUCGCGACGGAAGCAUCGAGAUUCGGCAAGUGCGGGCGGUGACGAAGCUCGCACCAAAACAGACCCUAUCAGUUCCUAAGUUGGAACUAAACGCAGCGCUGCAAGCGGCCAGACUGGCCAAAACGGUGGAAGGUGCAAUGACCCGAAGCUCCGUCGACGCUUCUUUUGGACGGACUCCAGCACUGUGCGGAAUUGGAUCCGCGCGACAGCAGCGAAAUAUCAGAUGUUCGUGA